AUGUCAAAUAAUAAAAGAGUAUUAAAAACCUAUGUUUGGCGGCGAAAGGGAAGCCAUCGCGUUUGCCUCGUGCGACGCGUACCCGGUGUGCUUUUCGAUUCCCGACUGAAGCAGAUGAUCAAGCGCCGUCUCAGGAACGUGCGUCAGUGGUCCCAGCGUUUGCUCAAUUACUACGAGAAGAUGCGCACAAUGAAGUUUUAUAAGAAGAAGGAGCAGCUCGACGACGAGCUAUUGGUGAAUAUAGAAAAACCAAGCCCCAAGCUCCCGAACAAGAUCCCUGCGCUGGAGGAUAACACAUCCUCAAAGGCAAAGCAACCAACAGGCCAGCAAAUUGGUAUGUCCAAUGAGCUACGUCGACCGAGUACCACUUCUAUAGAUACACCUGCAGAUGCUAAUGAUGCCUACAACUUACACCGCAUUCCCAAAGUCGUUUUAAAAAGGAACGAGAAGGACUUCACCUGCAAUUUGGUCUUUGACAGAAAUGAAAUGCUGCCGCUCAACGAUUUGCAGGGUAAGAAGCAUCAAUGUACACUACCUUCAAAAAACUAUGUAGAUGGCAUUGAGGAAGAUUUGGAAAGUGAGGUGUCGGAGAGUUCAGAGAGCCUAAAAUCUAUGGGAGCAGCAUCAGCACAUCCUACUGCCACUGGCUGCCAUCCGUCUCCGGUCCAGCAAAAGCUGGACACCUUAAACCCAACGCCGGAGCUGUCCAAAAACUUCUGCGGCCGUGAGUCACAUGAGGACCAGGUCAUCGAGCAGGACACUACCUUAGCCCACCCUGAAGUGGCCACCAGCAGCUCUCAGCGGCGAUCGGAGGACGUAAUGAAGGACUAUUAUCAGAAUCGCAAGGCAAAGCCUGAGCUCAAGACAAAGGCUGAUAGUGCCAGAAAGGAAACCAUAACAGUUGUGCUCAACUACAAGCUCAUACCUUUUCCCAUAGAGGGAUGCUUCAUCCUCUGCCAGUGGGAAUACUUACUGGCCGCCUUUGAUGCGCGCAACGCCUUCGUUUGGGCUGUGCAGACGGAGACCAGUCUUCUCAUGGCGGUUACCACUGUCAACCAAACGCCCUCCGUUUUAGCAGCCAAAAAUUGUGUAAACAUUAGAAAUGCCAUCAAUCAAGAUGCACUGCCUCUGCUGGCAUUGCAGCUUUUGAGGAGAGGCUGGCAAAAGGAUAAAACCAAAAAUCGUGUGGUGGGAAUGCUGGGCAUGGCGGGAUAUUGGCACAUUAAACGCCUGGGACACAAUCUUUGUCAGGAGAUUUCUCCGCUUACCGUGAUUCCCCUUAAUGAGAUGCCAGCGGAGAUGUUGCCAGUGCCGGAGAACUCGCCAAAAGAGCUGCUGAUUCCUGGAGCAGAAUGUUCCAUACAGACGGAGAAUGAGACCGAGACCGAGAGCGAGACGGAGACCAAAACCGAGCCUAAAGCAGCCUCUUUGGAUCAGUACCAAAGGGAAAUUGCACGGAAAGAUAAGGAGCGCGAAAAAGUGCUGCUGCCGACGGUGGAGAUCCUAGACAGCGAUGAGGAAAUGGUAUUUCCUAAGUUGGAGAUCAUUGACAGCGAUGAGGAGGAUCUGCUUUCUAGAUUGGAGAUCUUACACAGCGAUGAGGCAGAGCUGCUUUCUGCGGUGGAUAACUUUGAAGAAUCUACGGUGAAGAAUGUGGAAAUGGAUAACCAAAAUCCUGGUAAGAGCUUUGAGGUGGACCUAUCCAAGGCCGUAGUACCCCCUAAGCAUGACAAGCCGGUAAUAAUCUCCGUUGAAUACCUGUCGCCCCAGGUGCCAGCUAAGCUCCCCAAUAGCAGUGUCCCGGCCCAACCCCCAACAGCAAAGAUCACUAGCCUAAUGACUAAUGAAAACCCAGAAGUUCCAAUCAGUGGCAACUUUGCAACUACUGACGCUUUAGUGAUCAGUAAGGCGGACGCAGCAGGCUGCACCUCAUUCGUUACCCAGAAGUUGACUCCACCUGUGGCCGCUCCACAGCAACCUUCAUUAGAAACUCCGCGGGAAUUGCUGAAGAUAUACAACAGACCAAAUAUGCCAGUCAAUGGUCAAACCCUGCCAAGCCAAAUCAAGCCUAUGACUGCCCAACCAGUGUUUAUCAAGAAAAUUGUAGCGACAGGUGAGGUGUCAUCCUCGCUUCCUUCGCAGUUGAUCAACGAAGGCACCACUUCCCCAGGAGGUUGUCUGAAUCCUAAUGCAGCCUCGACUCUAGCACCUGUUUUGCAGGAUCAGAGCAAAGUCCUGAAUAUGUAUCCUAGACAAAAUAUGCCAGUCAAUAUUCAAGUGGUUCAAAGCCAAACCAAACCUAUGAUUCCCAUACCUGUGCUCAUCACGAAAAUUCCAGCAGCAAGUGUGGCAUCAUCAUCACGCGCUUCGCAGUUGACCAACGGAAGCACGACUAGCCUAGGAGUUCGUCCUGAACAGGCUACGACCUCGCGCCCUUCGCAGUUGACCACCGGACAAAGCCUGCUCGUAAACCCCCAAGCUUUAGGAAUAAAAGCUGCUACGUCGUCCUUAGGAAUAGGUCCUGCAUCCCAAAAACUUUCUCCAAAUCAGGCUCCCAUCUCGGCUCCAGUAUCUGUGCCGCUGGAUAAAAAGAAAAUAACCCAAUUUGGCUUCAUGUAUGCCAAUAACUUACCAGCUUAUCCAGCCUGGGUGCAGGCUUCCUUCUUUAUAGUCCAGAUACCCGAUGUCGAGGCGAUCGUUUUCAAGUCACUGGCAGACGCCAAUAAAUUUCUCAACAAAUAUUUGGCGAGAAUUCCCAUAUUUGAGGGGUUGCUGCCGGCCGACUGGAAGUUUAUGGUUCGGAAAGAUAUAAAUAAAUAUCAGGGAUGCACGAAAACCUGAAAGGAGUUUUAUAUUUCGUAAUAUGCAUGAAGUUUUGAGAGGAUUUUAUAAUUUUAUAAGUUUAGAUUGACAGUGUUCCUUGUUUUAAAAAACUCAAAUAAUCUUGGCUAAAACUGUAUUGGUAUUCUCUUUCCAGAAGUCUUAAAAUGUUUAAUAAAAAACACA